AUGAAUAAUACUAUAAGUACAAAAUAUUGUGUCGAGGAGGCCAUAUCAAAAAAAAUUGUUAAAUAUUACGAAUAUGAUAAUUUUAAUAAUAUUGAAGAAAUUGGUAUCGGAAGUUUCGGAAGAGUAUUUCGUGCUAAUUAUAAAAAUUCACAACAUUAUUUGGCGUUAAAAUCCUUUUUUAAUUUUAACGAAUUCACUCUAGAAAAGAUCGUUCAUGAGCUUAAACGUCAAAGAGACGUGAAUGUUCAUCAUAACGUUAUUCGCUUUUAUGGAAUUACAAUACUUAAUUCGGAAAAUGAAAUUGAUCAAUCAAACAAUUAUUUGUUAGUAAUGGAGUAUGCCAACGGGGGUAAUCUUCGAAACUACUAUCUAAAAAAAAACUUUGAUGUUCUCACUUGGAAUGAUAAAUGCAAUCUGGCAUAUCAGCUUACCUGUGCUAUAUCAUUUUUAUAUGAUGAUGAUAUUGUGCAUAGUGACUUGCAUUCCUGUAAUAUAUUGGUACAUCAAAAUUCUAUAAAGUUGGCAGAUUUUGGCUUAUCAAAAGAAAUUGAUAUAGUAUCGAAAUCACAUACAAAAUCAUUUAAUAUGAUUCCUUACAUUGAUCCAAAAAAAUUUAACAUAGAAUCAUAUUCAUUAAAUAAAAAAAGCGAUGUCUACAGUGUUGGUGUACUCUUAUGGGAGAUAUUAAGUGGUAAACCACCUUUUGAAGACGAAUCUGAUGUCAAUUUAGCCGUUCGAAUUUUAAAAGGUCUUAGAGAAAAAAUUAUUCCCAAUACUUCUAUUGAUUAUGAGAAACUUUAUACUGAGUGUUGGGAUGGCGAACCAGACAAUCGACCGCCUAUGAAUGAAGUCGUCAAAAGAUUAAAAACAAUUGUUUAUCAACGAAAUGAAAAUAUUGAUAAUAUAACUUACCAAAUAUCAAAUGCAAAUUCAACUUCAUUAAAUGAAGAAUCAUUAAUUAAUCAUACAUUAACAAAUUCAACUGUUGAUGAAGAUUUAUGUGAAAUAGUUAAUGAUAUAUUAAUGAAAAUAUGUGAAAUAACAAAUGAAGGAAAAGAACAACCUUACCUUUUUCUUGAUUAUCUUAAUAAUUUUGAUAUAAAUGUAGAAGAAAUUCGUAAAAAGAUAUUAAAUAAUCAAAAUAAUCCAAAUUUUAUUUUUUUACUUGGAUAUUUUAGUUAUUUAGGAAUUGAAACUAUUAAAAAUGAUGAGAAAGCAUUUCGUUUAUUUAUUAAUGCAUCCGAACAAGAUCAUCUGUUGGCACAAUAUUAUGUUGGAAAAUGUUAUGAAUUUGGUAUUGGAACUGUAAAAGAUGAAAAAUUAGCAUUUAAAUAUUUAGAAAAAUUCAUUAAUAGAGAUUAUUCAACGGGACAAUUAAAAAUUAUUCAAUAUUAUGAUAAAGAAACAGAUAUUAAAAAAGAUUUUAGAAUAGCUUUUCAUUGGUACGAAGAGGCCGCACGUAAUGGGAAUGUAAUAGCUAUGCGUAAUCUUGGUCUUUUGUAUUUAAACGGAAAUGUAAUUGAUAAAGAUUAUCAAAAAGCAUUUGAAUUAUUUAGAAAAUCAGCUGAUGGAGAAUAUUUAGGUGUAAUUAUAAUGUUGGGAUAUUGUUAUUAUUAUGGAAUUGGAACUAAAGUUAAUUUCAAAAAUGCAUUUCAAUUGUUUAAAGAGUCAGCAAAUUUGGGACAUAAAAUAGCUCAAUGUAAUCUUGCUUUUAUGUAUGAAAUAGGAAAAGGAGUUAAAAAGAAUAUAAAUCAAGCAAUAUAUUGGUAUGAAAAAUCUGCUGAACAAGGUAAUCUAAUUGCUCAAUUUCAAUUAGAUAAAUUUGAGAAAAUUAAGAAAAAAAAAGAAAAUUCUUCAUGGAAAAUAAUUUUAAAGUAUAUACAGUACUUUACUGUACUGCUGUAAUUUUUUUUUUGGUUUUUAAAAAACCUACACAUAGAAAAAAAGUUUUCAGCACGAAUAUUAUGGUAGUGUAAUAGCAAUAAGUAAUUUUAAGAAAAAAAACAAAUAAAAUAAAAAAAAUCCUGUAAGCAUAGUAACAUACUAUUACAUUAAAC